AUGCUUUCGCUUGCUGUUUUAGUAUCUUCGAAAAAUCGUACAGCAAGUUGUCGUAUGGUUGACGGAGCCAUUCAAAUGAAAGAUGGCAUCGAAUCACCAUAUGAUGCUUAUGCAAUUUACGAUGAUGAUCUUAAUACAACUGGUUGGCAUCAAAUUCGAGUCGUUGGAAACGAAAACUCUGAACCAAAAGCUAUGUUACGAUGCGCUGGUGCUGUAGAAGGUUACCUUGCCCAUAAAGAAAUUUACCAACAUUUUUAUUCAAUCAAUGAAUAUAUGGAAUGGAACACAAGUGCUACUAGUGAUGAAGAAAGAUACCCUCCAGGUUAUGCAAAAUUUGUUGCAGAACACAUAAAAUACAUCCGUCAGUCAAUCGACGCUUAUCCAGAAUCAGAAUAUUGGAGAAUGAUUGGAUUGAUUAACGAACAAGCAAAGGGCGUCUAUGAAGGCUAUUUACAGCAUCCAGAGCACAAGUAUAUGUCUGAAAUUGAUCAUUGGUGUGUUCAAGCUGAAGGUGAUCUCGGUGACUUCCUGAAAAUCAUAAACCUUAAGAAGAUCCAAGGUGGAAAUUCCGGUGGCCCAACUCGUUUAAGCUCAGCUCCAGAUCCAAAACAACUUGGUGAUAAAUGCACAGGUUUGGUUCGCCUUCUUGAUGACUAUUCAGAUAUUUACUUCGCUCACGAUACAUGGAGUAACAUUUUAGCUCUUCACGGCACAUUAAAAGAAUAUCAUCUCCCUGUUAAAGAUUUUGCAGCGAAAACAAUAUCUUUAUCAACUCGCCCUGGACAAAUUGCAUCAGCAGAUGACUUUUACUUGACAGAUAGUGGUCUAAUGAUCCUUGAAACUACAAUGGGAAUCUUUAAUGACUCGUUGUUCUACGAUAUUACACCAAAGGGAGUUUCCACAUGGAUGAGAUCCCUUUUGGCUUCCAGGAUGGCCCACAAUGGCUCAGAAUGGACCCAAAUUUUUGUUAAAAAUAAUCUCGGAACAUAUAACAACCAGUAUUUGAUUGUUGAUACAAACAAAUUCCAGAGAUACAAGAAGCCCGAAAAGGAUCUCCUUUGGGUUAUUGAACAAUCUCCAGGAACAUAUUCGAUGGCAAGAGAUAUUACUGACAAACUUGUUGAAAAAGGAUUCUUCCCAUCAUUCAACAAGCCACACUUCCCAGAACUCUCCAAGUUAUUCAUGUAUCCAGAGAAGAUUGCUGCAAAUCCGGCAACAGCUUCUUUCUGGGAUUACAAUACAACAGCCAGAAACCUCUUGAUCGAAAGAGAAGCAUUGAGAUUGAAUGACUUCGAAACUUUCAAGAAAUUUAUGAGAUAUAAUAACUGGCAAAGAGAUCUUUACUCCAACGGAGACCCAGGACAAAUGAUUAUGUCUAGAUACGAUUUAAGAUACGGCGGCCUUUGGGGAGAUAAGAAGCCAGAUGCAGGUUUAGAUACAAAAGCAGCUAAACUUACGACUGCACGCUCAUUGUUAACAUUCGAUGCAAUUAAUUCACCAACCUACGAUCAACAGCCGGUCUUUGAUUUCAAGGCUUUCCCUGAAUUUGCUCGUAUUGGCUUACCUGACCGUUGGAACUUCACUUGGAUCAAGUUUGAUUCUAUGACAUAUAACAGAUGCAACUUCACUACAGAGAAAGAAUGCUUAAAGCAAGAUUAUUGCGGUUGGUGCACUUAUUCACAACAAUGCAUGGCUGGAGACGAAAAGAGUCCAUUUGUUUCAACAUGCGAUGAUGGAUGGAUGGUUUACAAGGAGAAUCCUAAAUGGGCUGUCCCUGUCAUUAUUACUUGUUCGCUUAUUAUUUUAGUUUUCAUUGUUGUUAUCUACGCAAUGCAUUUUAUCAACAAGCGGAAAAACGCAUAA